UCUGAAUAAUUAUAUUUUUUAUAUGUUGCUAUUGUCAUUAUUAAUCAUAGUUUAGGCAGACCAAUAUUUUAAAAUCUUGAGUCCACCAACCUUGGCAUCUCAAGAGACCCUCUAAGAGAUACAAUUUAAUAUAGCUAAUUUUGGAUACGUUCCAUAUGGAUAGAAGAUUUCAGCCGAGUUGGAAUUGGCCUAGCCUUACAAUUUUUGCGAACUUCAUGACGAAAAGAUUGGCAAUUACAAUAAUGAUUAUGCCAAUUCAAAAAUUCUACUUGUUGAGAGGGGAGAAUGCUUGAACUACAAAAAAGUAAACUAAAUAUAUAUCAAUAAGGCAAUAAAUGCUUAGAAUUAUGGAUAUGUAAUGUUGAUCAUAGUUGAUGAUACCAAUUAGGAACUCAAUGUUGGAGCAAGAAAUGAUUCUGAAAGUAAUUUGGAUAUACGCAUUCCAACCAUUAUGAUAUCUAAAAAAUAGGGAAAUGAGCUUAAGGAAUUUUUAAUGUAAAACAAUCACAAGAAUCUGUAUGUGCAAGUUCUAUUCCCAGACUUUUAUUAAACAGAUAAAGUGAAGUAUGAGUAUUGGUUUAGCUCAAUGGAUUAGAAAAGCUAUAAAUUUUUAAGGCAAUUUUACUCUUUUCACAUGCAAAUGAAUGAAUCCUUAUAAUUCACUCCGCAUUACACCUUAGGACGUUGUGCAUAAUGUGCCAAGACAAAUUUCAAUAAAAAAGACUCACUAUGUCUCUCUGGAGGAAGAUAUUGUGCUCCAGAUCCUGAUGGUGAUGGUCCUUUGGAUGGUCAAGAUGCAGUAAGAGAAGUGGUGAGACAACUCUGCAUAUACAAAAUGGAUAAAAUUAAAUGGUGGAAAUAUGCCAUCAAAUACAGUUAAUAAUGUUUAGGGUCCUCUAUUUCAAUUGCAAAUUUGUGCUAUUAAUAUGUCCUUGAAUAAGUUGAGAUUGACCAGCAGUAAAUAGAGAAAUGUUAUAAGGAGAGCUUCUCAGGAUAGAAUGAUGAUUUGGAUGAUAAUAAAUUACUUGCCAAAGAAUAUGAAAGAACUGAAUAAUUACAAAUUAGGGCUUGGCCAAUACUCUACAUUAAUGAUAUAAAAUAUAGAGGUAGUCUAACAGUAUCAGGUUACAAGUCAAACUUUGAUUAAGGAGAUUAAGAGAUAUAUGAUAGUUCUCGUUUUGGACCAUUUUAAGCUAUUUGCAAGAGUUUCACUAUUAGUUCACUUCCUGAUAUUUGCAAGAAGAGAAUGGUUGGUUAUUUGGAUGAUGAUGGAAGUUGGGUAUGAUAUAUGUCCUAUCUUUGAUAGAUUAAUUACACUUAGGAGACUGAUACAUGGGUAGUAUGGUUUGUUGUUUUGACUAUCAUGGGCAUUUUAAUGAUUUGCACUAUGUACUUAUACAAAAGACUCUUCAUUAAGAAAACAAAUGAAGAAAUCAACUAGCAAGUCAAUAUAAACUUAGCUUAAUAUUAUGCUAUGAAUGAACAAGAUAGAAACCUGAGAAAUUGA